UGACUGAAAAGAGAAUAUACGCGUGUAAAAACGUUUUCGCAUAAGUACACAAAGAUAUAGUGAUAAUCGCGUUACGAAUAAUGCAAAUUUAUAUGCAAAUAAUAUGAACAAAAUACGAUAAUAGUAGAAUCAAUUUUUAGUGAACAAUUUAGAGACUGGUCUGUCAUCGAGAAAGAUAAAUUAAAGAAUUAAAUAAACACUGUGUCAAUUCUUGAUGAAUUUAUCAUGAGAACGUUUUGAAAAAGGCGCAGACAAAAAUCGAAGAAGAAAAGCUAAAUAUUAUUUAAUUGAACAAUCGUUUGGAAUAGAAGAAAAAAGAAAAAUGACGACGGAAUCGUUGCCUCGUGAAGUGGACGCUCACAUCGUCAAUAUUCUAACGAGACUUUCGAAUAUUAGAGAUAAUAAUGUCGAUGCAUACAAAAGGAUACCAAUGUCGACCGAGGCGCGAAGUUUGGAACUUUGGAAGGCAGUUUUAGUAGAGUGCGUGGCUACUUUUUUAUUUGUAUUUGCUGUAUCCGGUGCAGCUUCUUCUACUGCGGUAUCAGGAAGCGGCCUGUCCAUCCUUGCGACUGCAAUUGCUUCCGGUUUCGUUGUUUCGGCGAUCUAUUUCAUCUUCGGCCAUGUUAGCGGAUCACACAUAAAUCCAGCUGUAUCGUUAUCCUUUUUCUUUCUUCGACGUAUCUCGCCGUUACGUGCAGCACUUUACAUAGCAGCUCAAUGUGGCGGAGGUAUAGCAGGAGCUGCGACGCUCUACACAAUUACGACACCUUCGAACACACAAACGUUAACAUCUUCUGGACGUAUCAACGGUGCUAUUGAAAAACUUUCGGUAGAAAUGGCACUUUCGGUUCUUAUCAUUCUGGCCCACUUUUCUGCAGAAACGGCGAGAUCGUUAUCCUUUGGAAUCUCCUCGAUGUCAACCGGUGUUUUGGGUGCUGCAUAUACAGCUGCAUCUCUCGUUUCGAGUCCUUUUGUGAAUCCAGCCCGUGCUUUGGGACCUGCUUUUGUAAUGAAUCGUUGGGAGUAUCACUGGGUUUAUUGGAUCGGUCCGAUGUUAGGUAGUGUCUUAGCAACGUUGUUUUACGAAUUCGUUCUUAGUACCAAAAGAUCGAAAGAGUCUCGUGAAAUAGAUGACGGUGAUAAUUCUUCGAUGAGAUCGGACGAAGAUCCUUACGAUGAUUUAGACAAACCAAGUGGACCAAAAUUUCCAGGAGCUUAUGCUACUUAUCGUCCAGUUGCUGGUGCAUCAUCUUCAAUCUACAGUGCACCACCUUCAGCAUUGGAACGCGUCGAAUCGAUCUACGGUGGCACCAAGUCACUCUAUUGCAAAUCCCCACCUCUGACAAGAGCGAAUCUGAAUCGUUCGCAGAGCGUUUACGCUAAAUCAACUUCCGGUCCACGAGACGGUUUGAUGAUACCCAAGCCUGGUCCACUUGUACCAGCUCAAAGUCUUUAUCCAAUGAGAAUAGGACAAUCCUCGUCUCAAAAUCCAGCGAGAGAUAAUCAACAACCAGCAGCCGGUCCUAAUCAAUCAUCCCAAAAUCAUAAUAGUACCAAUCAAAACAUGCAGAAUCAAUUGCAACAAUGUACGCAGAGUAUCUAUGGCAUAAGAGGAAUAUCGACGAGUCUGAGUACGCGGGAGAAUGGAAUUUAUGGUAUGUCUACAGGAUCUAGUAUAUAUGCUAGAACUCCUGCACCACCACCGAGUAGCCAAAGCUCUCAUCAAUCUGGACAGAGUGGUCAAUCCUCUACUCAAGGCCAUCAACAACAGCAACAGCAACAACAACAGCAGCAACAACAGCAACAACAACAACAACAACAACAAUCCCAGCAACCGCAACAACAUCCUAAUGGCACGCUUUCAACCAAUUCUGAUAAUGCGACUAACUCUAGGAGACCGGAAAGUAUGUACGGUCAUGUAUCAAGACGUAGCGAUGACUCAGCUUAUGGUAGUUAUCAAGGUUCGACCAGAGGAAAUUAUGGUAAAGUUCCUGGCCCAUCUGGACCAUCUAGUGGACCACCUGGACCACCCCAGUAUCGUGAUCAAGGUAGACCCAGUCCUGCAGGACCUCUUCAGCAAAGUCAGAAUCAACAAACUAACUUCCAAAGGAAUUCGCCUAAUCCUCUUUAUUGAUCUUCCAUAACCGCUAGCAUUUCUGUACCGGAUCAAGCCUAUUGGAAUUUACGAGCUGAACGUGCCAUUUUAUAGCAUGCACGUAUUCACUCACUUACAAAUAUGAAAAAUAGGUCCGUACGGUUUAUGUGAUAGCGUUACUGAUCGUCGAUUAUUCAAGAACAUUCUUUACAAUUUGUUUAUGUUAAAAUUAAUAAUCGAUCUAUUGAUUACGAAUGAUCAUAGAAUCUUACUAUGUUUUAAUUAGAAAUUUGUGUAUAUAGAAUGCGAUUAUAUUCGAUUUUCUAUUCCGAGUUUUCUGUACAAUUGUCCUGCUUUACCAGAAUAUUAAAGUCAACAUUUUACUGAUAUAAAUUUACGAUAAUAAUUUUUUAUUAAAAUCUUCGAUGAAAAAUUCAAGGAACAUAUUUUGUUCAACAUACAUAUAACAAUAUCUAUUGAAUACGUAAUAUGUGUAAAUAUUUCUCAAUUAAUUCGUUAAUAUCGUAAUUAUUUAAAAACGUAACAAUGAAAAAUAUUACAUUACGAAGUUUCAUGCGGUGUGAAUGAAAAAAUGUUGAUACUAUUCAUGAAAAAAUAGAACUCAUUUCAAAAUGUUACAUAAUCGUAGAUAUCUAUCAGAUUUCUGUCGCGACUGUAUGUCGUUCAUAUCAAUUUUUAGAGCAACUAAUGUUUAUGUGUAAAUAUAAUUAUAUUAAGUUAACUUGAAGUAUAAAUAAGAACGAUUUUAAUCAAUCCUAAUCUAAACAAUGAAUCGUCAUAUUAAGACUGAUUUUUCAAAUAUUUCUUACGCAUUUCGUGAAAGAAAGAAAGAAGAAUCUUUAUAAGUGAAAUACGAAUGAACGGACUCGAAUAAAAAAUGUAAAAACGAAAAACACAAACCUAAUAACAAAUAUUAUAUAAGAAUAAAUAGAUUAAUCGUCAUGAAUUUUUACUAUUAAUCAUAAGUAGCCAACUUUUUUACUAUUACCAUCGAUAAAUAUUAUACAUGAUAAGUUACGUUAUUUUAAUUGCGUUGAUUACCUUUGCGAAGUUAUUACGAUAAUUGUACAUAUAUGUCAUUUGUAUUUAUUAUUUUUUAUGUACCUAGGUAUAUAUAUACAUACUUUAAAACAUUGUUACAUAAUUAUGUGUACGUAUUUACGCAUAAUAUAUCAAAAAAUGACAAUAAAUUAGCU